UACUACUGACGGUUUUUGCUGCCUGCCGGAGCCCUGCAACCACUACAAUACUUACAGAGAUAAAAACCCACCAAAGUUUCAGGAAAGGAAGCAUGCCUGGAUUCUUCCCAACAAAGGGUGAUUAUUUAUCGAGCCACUCGUUGUAGAAGUUGUGUGUAGCCUUGAAAGCAUGCACGAAUUGCUUAAGAAGAAUUGUGAUCCGAGUGUUGUUGGGUAUAUGUCUCAGUGGACGGGUUCUGAAUCGUUUUUAGACCAGUCAGUGUUGUCAUAUAACUUAAGUUUAAAGAUGGGAUCUUCAACGCCACUUCAACGGGACACUAAGCAGUUAAGUCUUCAAUUUCCAUUUCAAGAUCAAGAUUCAUCAUCAACUCAAUCCACAUGUCAAUCUUACCCUGAAGUAGCUAGUGCUGGAGAUAGCUACCAGUAUGGGGAAAACAGGUUUUCGAUGCAGUCAGUUCACGGGACACAUGAAGAUAGUAGCGUCGGGUCACCUUUGCUAAUGGGCACUCGGGAUAUAGCUAUUACUUCUCAAGCUGUUCGUAGUAGGCAGCCAUGUGCUUGCAUUCCACUUCUAUAUCCUGAUCCAUACUGUCACGGGUUGCUUUCACCUUAUGGCUCACAAACUAUGCUUUCUCAUCUCCAAGGAAUAAGCAUGACAUGUACUCGAGUGCCAUUGCCUCUUGAUUAUGCACACGAUGAACCAGUAUAUGUCAAUGUGAAACAGUACAAUGCAAUUCUUCGUAGGAGACAGUAUCGGGCCAAACUUGAGGCACAAAACAAGCUUUCAAAACCACGAAAGCCGUAUCUCCAUGAAUCCAGGCAUGUUCAUGCAGUCAAAAGGGCUAGAGGACCUGGUGGUCGUUUUCUGAACUUGAAAAAACUUCAGGAAACCCAACCUGAUGGCUUGAUCAAUAAACAAGAUGAUCUAUGUCAUCAAAAUAAGGAUCUUGGUGGUGGCGGUGCUACAUGCUCAGAUAUUUCAAGUGUCUCCAAUGGCGAUAACUUCUUUCACCAGCAAGAACACAGGUUCUCUAUCUACAAUUCGCAUGUGGAUGGGCCCACACAAGUAGGCAGGACUGAAAAUGGUGGUAUGCUAGGUGGGACCCACCAAAUGUUUCUCUGAUGAAGUGAAACGUCUCAGUGAACCAGCAAGCAAAUAUUUGUUGUGGUUCAUAAGGGAAGUCAUCCUUGGCUCUUUACUUUCUGUUAGCUUCUUAGGUUCUUCUCAGUAAUGCCAUCAUGACAAGGGAUCAAGUUCGUGAUAUUAUUGUCUGUUGGUUUUGAUUGGUAUGAUCUAACAUUUGAAAGCCCAAAACCUUGUCAUAUUUUGUUCGUGAUAUUAUUGCCCGUCGAUUCGGAUUGGUAAAAAACUUUCUUAUUCUGUUGUUGGGUUCAAGUCUUUUAGGACAGACUUUACGUUAUAGAUUAGGGCUGGAGCCUUGUUAUUGUAAGAUGUUUGUUUGGUGAUAUCUAAUGCCUUGAAGCUAGUUCUUCCUUGAAA